GUGUCUGGUUUUGUUUCGGAAUUAUGGCUCCGUUUACCCACAAAAAACAGCUACUUUACACAUUAGAAACGCCAUUCCUUACAUUUAUUGCAACAAUUCUUUAAACAUCAGCAAGAACAUCGUACUGUCAGUCGCGAAAUAUUUGAUUGCGUGUGUCAAAAGAAGAAGAAUAGGAAGAAGAAACAAAAGAAAUUAAUAUCUAAUCAGUUUGAAUAGUGAAUUGAUUUGAGUAAUUUUUUUUAACCCUAAUUGUCGCGGUUCCCAUUGUUUGCGAUGAAGACGAAGUUGGUCAGCCAAUGGUGUCAGGAGCCUCAUCCUCCAAUUUUAGUUGCUUUCAUCACAUACUCAAUUGGGUUCCCAUAAUGAAAGACGAAUUGUAAUUGCAUCCAAUUUCCAUGUCGUUUACUUCACUCUGAUUUUCACAAUCCCGCUUCGAAUAGUGAUUUUCCCCCUUUUUUUCGUCGCAUCGAGAAGUACUGGCAGAGAGAGAAAGGAAGGGUUUCACCUGGAGGAUCCCAAUUGGAGACAACCCAGAUCUCCGCUUUUUGUUCUUAUUUUAAAUUUAUGAGGUAAACGCUGACCCCUGAUCAAAUUUUGGCGUUUAAGCUAUACAUUGCUCUCCUUCUGUGGAGUUUAUCCUCGGGAUCAAGCCAUUCAUAUCUUCCAUUGGUCAUCAAAAAUGUUGUAAGCAAAAGACGUUUCUCGCAUAUACCGUGAAAACUUGGAACAUGCGACGAUUCUUGUUCUGUUUUUAGUUUACUUUUCUGCCUUUUCAUGAUUGAUUAACCACUUCGGAUUUCAAAUGAAUUUUUCAUUCGUAUCAGUAAGUUCGAUGGAAAGUGAUGCAUUCUGAUGGGGUAUUGAGUUAUUAGGGAAAUUUUUCUUUCGAUUAAUGGAUCGAGAAGAAAGGAAUCGGCAAGAGGGUGGUGUUAUAUCGAGUCGAAUAGAAACAGGGGUGCCUAAAACCACCAACGAUUUGGUUAGUAGCGAUAAGAUCGAGUCCACCAUUGUGAUAAUCCCAGAAACCACUGCGCCUACCGGCGGCGACAAGGACGCACACGCCCCUGGUAGAGAAACAAGGGAGGGUUCGAAUCUGAACCCUUUAGAAAUUAUAGUGGUUAUUGAUUCGGGUGGGGCUGCAUCUGGAGGUGGAGAUGGAGAAUCGGUUGUGAAGAACAAGGGAAUGGCGUCGGGGAAGGAUUUGGAAAAGAUGAAUUUAAAGUCAAAGAUGUCAGAAGCAAAGGAGAAUCCGGCGUUGGUAAAUGUAAAGCCAAUAGAGGGUAGAGGGUUUGUUGAAGACUGGAAUGGAGAAAGGGUGUGUAGGAUCUGCCAUUUGGCUUCCAACCAAGCGUCAGAGCCUAAAACUGGGACCAGCACGUCGGAAUUGAUUCAACUUGGUUGUGGCUGUAAAGAUGAGCUGGGAAUUUCUCAUACUCACUGUGCCGAGGCAUGGUUCAAGCUCAAAGGAAACAGGUGACAUGAACAAUUACACAAACGACAGAAUGGCGCAGUGACAAAGGUGCAGCACGUAUUUAAGGAGCACAGCGCUCCGGAGUUGAAAGGAAGUAAUAUUGUUAUAGUUGAAACAUGCUGCAGAGGAGAUUGAGUAUUUGAGUGGUUUCACAUUGAUCAACUCAACUGUUUGUUUAUGUACAUAUGCAUGUGAAAUAUAAGGAAAAGAGUCCAAAAACUACAAUUUUCUUUUCAUACUGUCGAACGAGCUGAUGAUUAUCUAAUCCUAAUCGUAAUUAUUAUGACAUUUUGAUCAAUACAGAACGUGCGAAAUCUGUGGCGAGAUCGCCAAGAACAUUGAAGGAGUCGUGGACAACAGUUUUAUGGAAGAAUGGAACGAGGGAAGGUCAGUAGAUAGCUAUGGAAACACA